UCGUUUCGCCAUCCGAAGCCGCCCGGCGGCGAACAUCCGGCAGGGCCGCCGCUCCCAGCCCGCGGGAUCCCGCCGCCGCUGCGGGGCCGCUCCCGCCGCUGCCCUCCCCGCGCCAUGCGCCGCGGCCCGGCGCGGGGCACCCGCAGGCAGAUUCAGAAUGCACACACAGGGCUGGACUUGUCAGUGCCAGAGUACCAGGAAGUCCGUGGGAAGGUGAUGUCUGGCCAUGUAGAGUAUCACAUUGUCGUCGUGACCCGACUGGCUGCCUUCAAAUCAGCAAAGCACAAGCCUGAAGAUGUCGUUCAGUUUAUGGUUUCCAAGAAGUACAGUGAGAUAGAGGAGCUCUACCAGAGGCUGGCAGCACGGUAUCCACGGGCUUCUCUUCCACUCUUGCCUAGAAAAGUUCUCUUCGUGGGGGAAUCUGACAUCUGGGAACGAAGAGCUAUGUUCAAUGAUAUCAUGAAAUUCAUCUCAAAAAAUGAGGAGCUAGCGACGAGUCCUGAGUUACUGGAAUUUUUAGGAACAAAAGCUACUAGUGCCAUUGACUUCACGGGUAAAAACAUUCCUGAUGACAAGGAAAAGGAAGAUGAAGAAAAUGAGACAUUGGAUUUUUUCAAAGAGGAGAAGACACCUGACUUAAUCUCACAGCUUUCAUCAGUGGAAAAUGCCAGAAAAGGGGAGAAAAAAGAAGAGGAAGAGGGGGAAGAUGAGGAAGAAGAUUUAGACCCUCUUGGUAUAAUCAGGGCUAAAAAAACAAAGAAGGCAUCUGCUCCUCCAACCAAGGAAGAGAAGCCAAAAUUAACCAUUUUUGAAGAGGAACUAGAUCCAGAUGAAGGACUCUUUGGCCCAGAAAAAGAUUUCUCAUCAAUUGGUCCCAGCAAGAAGAUGAAAGAGAAUCUGAAAUUAUUUGAAGACCCAGACCUUGGUGGGGUGGUAAGACUGGGUGACUCACUGCUGCUGCCAGCUGCCUGCAAGAACAGGGAGCAUGUGCUGAGCACAAGUCCCGAGGAGGACACUGAGGAACUGCUGAGAGUUGAGGAUGAUUUAGAGAAGCUCUUGAAAAUAACCUCCAAACCGAAGCCCAAGGUGCCACCAAAACCACCACUGCCUCAGAAGCCAGCAGUUGUCCCCAGGAGCAGCAAUUCAGCUCCACUGGCAAAGCCAAAGGAAAGCAGGAUUCAGACAAUGAAUGAAGUGGAUAUUCUCCAGUAUAUCCAGGAAAAUGAAUCUCUCAACAACCAAGAUGCAAGUCUUUUUUGAACAUAACUAUUUUUUUAAAUGCAAUGAUGCCUUCUUGGCCCAAACUCCUGGUCAGCUCAGCAGGAACUGACAGAUGUCUUUGGUGCCACAGUGCUCAGUUGUGUACCAUGAACAGCAAGUUUGACUAGCAGAGGCUUGACGUGAUGCUUUCAGAACAGUGCAGGUGUGGGAUACUAUUGCCUUAGAUUUUCAGGGGGUUACAGGGAAUGAGGACAAGGACAUAGCACUACAGGUUGUCUACUACUAUUUUAGUAUCAGCAUAGAACAGUUCUGGCCAGUUAAGUCCUGAUUGAAAGUGGUAGGUGUGCUGCACACGUGGCAGCUGUGAACAGUGUCCAGCAAAUAGUCUGAGGCAGGACAGGAUGCUGUUCCUGUCAUUUAAGACAGUGUAUUUCAGCUCCCUGGAAAAAUAAUUUUCCUUUUAUCCUAUGCAUUUUUGUAGCAGCCUUUUCCUCCCUGCCUGGUAUUUCAGUAGUUCAUAACCAGGAACUGUUAAGACUGGGUGAUAGUUCCCCUGCAGUGCAGAGAAACACUGGAAUCCCAGCUAAGCCUGACAAUCUGCUGCCUUCUUGGGUACACAAGUACCAACUUCUGGGACAGCAAACCCUAGACACUGGGCAUCUGUGGCCCCUGGGGAGAGCAGCAGGGGACUGGAGAUGGCUCAGAGUGCAGCUCCAGACACCUGCAGAGGUUGUGGUGUGAAGGAGGUUUGGAUGCUGCAAGACAAAUCUACUCAAGAUUCACAAGGACUCAUUUUUUCCAGCCAAGUCUUCCUGGGCCUCUGCUGCAGUGAGUGAAGAGAAAGAGAUUUCUCCAGGGCAUGAUUCAGUGCAGGUGUCCUAAUGGAGGAGCUCUGAAUUGCUCUCGAGUCACUGUCUCCUUCCAUUCUCCUAGAACGUAAAGAAGAAGCCACAGUGAUUAAUUCCACUGAGCUGAAAUGAGUUUUUUGAUACAACAGUAGUCUGUUCAUUCCUAUGGCAGUGGUUAAAACAAGGGAGGACAAACUUGGGAUUAUCCAGAGGUAAAACCAGGAAGAAAAGAUACUGGAGAUACUUUAAUAUGCAGGAAAAGAAAGAUAUGGUAGAACAGGCAUCCCUGACUACCUCUUUUCUUUCCUGAACUCAUUCCACAUGUGUACUAUGCAGAUGUAAACACAAGCCUACCAGAGGAAAAAUACUAAUAUAUUUAAGCCAUAUCACUAUCCCCAAAUUUGCCUUUCUAAUAUAGAACAAAAUAAAUAAAAAUUAUUUUUAAUAUAUUUUUAAUAAUAAAAUUAUCUCUAAUAAUAUUUCCUUUUUAAGCCAAUAGAAAAUAUUAUAUGUGGUUAUUAUUUUGAUUUGAUGGGACAGAUAAAUGUAAUGACUGGCUCUCAUGUGUGUACAGUAUGUUUCAGUAUAAUAAAUAUUUUACUAAUCUGCA